GCUGUACUAAUUAUAUUGUGGUUGAAAAGAGGAAUGGAUUGGAAAAUUAGUUUUUGAAUCAAAAUUAUAUUCGCCUCUUAACCAGACAGGGGCAGAAAUGUCGAGAAUACCUUGAAACUCUACAAGUUUAUGACACCAGUAGGAAAAUGUUGGUUGUCGGAGACACAGCGGAAAUUCCUGUCAUAUCAAUAAAUCCCAGUUUCAUAGCAUUGAACACAGAGUUGAUCUCAGAAUUUGUUGGAAUGAAAGUGCUGACAAAGGAAUCCCCUUCCUUAGUAAAGGAUCAGAAAAAUAAACUUGAGAUUCUCAGAGCUGAAGUUAUCAAACUUUAUGGUGAAACAUCCGAUCUAGUUGAAGAUCUACCGUCAACUUAUGAACUUUACAACGACCUAAUCCUGGUCCCAAGCCAAUGCUUGAGAAAGUGUGAUCAAAGUCCUGAAGUAUUUGCUCUAAUCUGUGAUAUAUUUAGUGUGAAGCGCAUAGCCCGUAAGAAUGCCGUGGUGAAUGAUAAGUUCAGAAGUCCACGGACAGAUUUACUUCUAGGUUCUGAUCCUUGGGUAUGGAAGAAGGAGAAUGGAAUAAAAUAUAAUUUUAACAUCAGAAAAUCAAUGUUCUGUAGAGGAAACAUAUCUGAAAAAUUGAGAGUCGCCAAGUUUGAUUGUAGCGGUGAGGUAGUUGUGGACCUGUUCGCAGGAAUUGGAUACUUUGUACUGCCAUAUCUAGUUCAUGCCAACGCAAAACAUGUUUAUGCCUGUGAGUGGAAUCGAAGUAGUGUUGAAGCUCUGAAGCUGAAUCUAAAAGAUGCAGGAGUAGAGGAGAAAUGUACUGUACUCCUCGGAGAUAACAGGGAAGUGUGUCCGGAGGGAGUUGCAGAUAGAGUGAAUCUUGGAUUAAUUCCUAGCUCAUCAAUUAGUUGGAAGGUUGCUGUCAAUGCUUUGAAGUCAAGUGGUGGAAUACUUCAUGUUCAUACAAACGUCGAGGUAAAAGCUGGAGAGGAUAAAAGAUCAUGUUGGCAGAAAUCAGCUGAUGAGAUAAAUGAUAAAAUCUGUAAUCUCCUAAAAUCGGAACGAGGGAUUAGAAGCACGUGCAACGUGGUUCACAUUGAGUGUGUAAAAUCAUAUGGACCAAGAAUAUAUCAUCUUGUUAUAGAUUUACAGUGUUUGAUAAUGGUGAAAACUGAAUAAAUUUUAUAGAAAUAUA